AUUUCCCAUUCAUUUGAGGUUAGUUCAGAAGCUAACCUUUAUGCCACAACAGUUGUAUAUAUUACAAAUGUAUAUUAAAACGUAGAAUAAAAAUAUAUUACUUGCAAGUGUUAUACUUGUACAUCUUUUUCAUCAAAAUGAUUACGCGAAUAUUUCAAAGAACCAUAUUAAACAUCGAAUACAGUAAUAGCAUUUUCGUUAGAUACUUUCAUCACUCUCAUAAUGCCUCAAUCCAUGAAAGCAUUUUUUUGAAAAGUAAAACAUUGGGGUAUUUUUUAAAUGAGGAUAAUUUUCCCAAAAAACAAAAUAUUUCUUUACAUCAAUCUAUGUAUAACAAUGUUUCUAAAGGUCCACUUUUAUGUAAAAGCACUCCAAUACUAGCCAGUACAAUUCCUAUGAAACAGAGUUUUAUAACAAAUAGCGUAAGACAUUAUUCAAAUACAGCCCCUGCAAUUAUAAAUCAAACUAUGACAUACAACAAUGGUAUGUGGAAAGCUAUUUCUGAAAGUUUACCUGUGGAAUGUCUUACCAAUGUGUUAAAGAUAAUGCAUGAUCAAACUGGUUUACCAUGGUGGGCAACUAUUGUGCUUACAACAAUUAUAAUGAGAAUGUUUAUAAAUCUACCACUAACUAUACAUGAUUAUCAAAUUAAAGCUAAGAUAGAAAACAUAAAGAAUGAAUUAGAAGAAACUGCAAAAAAAUUGAAAAUGGAAGUACGAAUGAAUAUGAUGAAUUCUGAAUGGACACCAGUACAAGCAAAAGCUGCUUUCAUGCGUGCUAUACAUGAGGAGCGUACUUUUUUGUAUCAAAGGGACAACUGUCACCCACUUAAGAGUGUUGUGAUGAUAAUACUGCAAGCACCAGUAUGGAUAAGUUUUUCCUUUGCUUUAAGAAAUAUAUGUUAUAUGUUACCUGACAGGGAUGAAGCUGCUUAUCAGACCUAUCUUCAAUUUAUUAGUGGUGGUUUUGGAUGGAUAACAGACCUUACGGCCGGAGAUCCUACAUUUAUAUUACCUGUAAUUUUUGGGAUAUCUGGUUUAGCCCUUAUAGAAAUGAACCAGAUGUUACACAAGGAACAUGAGACAAAAUUUGCAAGAUAUUACAGAAACUUCCUAAGGGUACUUACUGUUUUCUUUAUGAGUAUCGCGGCGUACUUACCAUCAUGUUUGACUUUGUUCUGGACCACCCACAAUUGCCUUGCAGUGCUACAAACUCUUCUUCUAAUGUCUCCAAAGAUUCGUCGACUAGGAAGAAUACCUAAAACCGAAUCAGAGUAUCCACAUCCGUAUUCAGAAUUGUAUAAAAGUCUGAAACUGAAAGUUGGUUUAAAAUAAAACUGAAUUAUGGUAAAAUGAAAAA